AUGUUCUCCACAGAGCAAACCGAGCUUCCCCUUACACGACCGUAUGUACCCCGCCACUCUCUUCACUCCUCCUUUUUCACCCUUCCCUCAAAGCAACUUGCAUACUCCUCUUCUCUCUCCCCACCCGGUUCACUGGAAUAUGACGAAUCAGCUGGCAGUUGGAACACAAGCAUGUACAUCGAUCCACAAGAAGGGAUACAAUCGCCACGCUUCUAUUCACUAGCUAAGCAUGCAAGAGACAUGCUAGAACCAGCCAUAAAAGCAAAAUUGGAAAAUACAGCAGAGGCUGUCGGAAGGCUAUGGAGUGUCGAUCCAGAAGUAUACGAAACUGGCUUCUUUGUCGGUCCGAGGCUAUUUGUGAGUCGGCUGAGAUUAGGCGAUAUCAAAGCAGCAAAAAUUGAGAGCAUGAGUGUUGCUGGUUAUGUAUCUAUUGCAAGUUGGGGAGAAACAUGCCCACGGAGCGCUCUCCCUGUGAAAUGUUUAUGGGCCAGUGAUGAAGCCGAUUUCGGGCUGUUUCUCGUAAUAAACAAGACUUUCCGUGCACCUGGAUAUCUCGAAUUACCGGAUGACUCUUCAUCUGAAGUAGCAAAAAACUUGCGAUAUAGGGACAGCGUGGUAGCAAUUGUAUAUAAUGGUACACCUAAUAGAAACCUACUCGACGAACGCAAUGCUUUGCGAUAUCGAGACGCUGAUGAAGAUGGUCGACCCAAAGUCCCCGAAGACUUGAGUACCAUCCUUCAUCCACACGCAAAAUCCGUCGCAUCCGGCAGCGUUAUCGGUCUCCCUUCUCUUGAUCCAGAUUUACCGCCGACAAUGUUUCGUAUCUCUGCCAGUCUGUGGGAUGGUGCAAGCGGUGGACCCGUUUUUGCUAUACGUGGAACGGACAUUUUGCUUAUUGGAAUGGUUUCAUUAUGUCCGGGUGAAACAGAAGGAAAUGAGGCGUCAUUCUUAUACAACUGGCACAAAAGCAAAGUGGCAGCUGCCAUUAAAAAGGCACAAGAACAACAGAUGUACCUUUUUAGCAAAGACGAACUCCAACACUUUCACAAGCUCACACGUAGGCCAACACCACCAUACAAACGUGAAGACUCGGGCCGGGCACGAAACUCAAUACCAUCAAAAAGAACGUCCCGCAUAUUAUGUCCACUUCCCGCAACAAGACCCUCGUCGAUCAUUGUAGUUCCAGAAGAGAAACACGGGAUAGAUGGACUGGACUUGGACAUACCAAUGCCACAAAAAAACGAGAGAGAAGAAAGACGAGAUAGCGCUUGCGAGAUUGCUAGCGACGAGGACAACAAAAAAGAGCUGGUCGGGUUUCCGUUCCUUCCGCCUCUGACCAAAAACACCAACUACGAGAAUCGCCUCCCGCCCGUAUCCGUAUCUAUAUUAUCCGAUCUCGACUCUUCGUCCGAUCUCUCACCAUUCAAUUCGACGAUAACCGUAUCGCCGAUACAGACAAUUUCAUUACAGACGCCGUUAACGGUUUCCAAGCCGACGCCUCGAGUCGUAGCCAGCAAGCAACCAACAAACAAGACACGUUAUACUCGGCUACACCCACGGACAUUGUUUAAUGAUGGACUUCUUUAUUUCUUUGUAGUCGCUUUUGUUCUUUUAUUUGGUGUAAUUCCGUUACAUCCAAAGAGUUGA